AUGCUGAAGUUCUUCCAGGAUCGCCUCUUCCCCAAGGUCCCCCUCAUCCCCAUGAAGAUGGAUGAUGAGGGAUAUUAUGUGCAAUUUGGUGGGGCGCGCCGACAUAAAACCAUCAAAAUGAGCGACGAUGAGUACAUAUUCCGCUGCGAAUACGACCCGAAAGACCCAUUCACCGGCGCCGGCCGUGAAACUGGUGCCUUCCCCCUUCUACACUGGCACCGUAACCAAGAUGAGUGGUUCAAAGUUAUUCAAGGAAGAGUAGGAUACGUGCUCGACGGUAAGUCGGGCUUCGUCGAGAAGGGGACCGAGGUUGCGUUACCCUCAGGCGUUAUCCACACAUUCUGGGUCGAUCCGAACAGUCCAGAGAAGGUAAUCAUGGAGUUUACCGUCCGACCAGGCAGAGGUCUGGACGAGGAGUGGAUUGACAGCUUCUACGGCGUCCUGAACUCUUGCUACGAGGCGAAGAAGCCCCUCAGCUUCCUGCAAGCCAUGGUCUUCUGCGACGAGGCAAUCUCGGCGCCAGGGCACUUCCCCAAACCGAUCGGCAUCUUCAUGGCAUGGUUCUUCGGCGUAGCUGACGAUCUUGUCCCAGGGCGUAUCAUUGGUCGUCUUGCGGGCUACCGGGGAACAUACCCACAAUACGUCAAUCAGAGGAAGGACAAGAAGUUCGUCGAUCCCAAGGGGCGCACGGAGGUUCUGUAA